UUGACUUCUUCACUUUCUUGACGUUUAUAUAUAGGUAUUAUAUCGGCUUUGUAUUGUUUUCGUACAAAUGUAAGAAACGAUCUUCUUAUUUCUGAAUAUUUUUUCAAUAAAAGUUAUAUAAAAACCAAUCACAAUGUCAGAGAAUCUAACCCUCGAUCGUAAUGCUAUGAAAGAUAAGUCUACAGCUCACCUACGAAUAUAUGUUGGCGGGUUAAGCGAAGAUCACACGGAAGUGGAUGAUUUAUACAAUCAUUUCAUAGCAUAUGGUCAAAUCGAUGGAAUCGUGGUCAACCGAGUAUUUGGAUUUGUGCAGUUUCAUAAUGAAUCAAGUGCACAAGAGGCAAUUAAUAAAGCUAAUGGAAGUAUGUUUCAAGGCAGAAAAAUUACAGUUAGAUCUGUCCAGAAGAAUGAACAGAGACGAGAAGUUGAAGUAAUUCAGCCAGAAGUACCGCCAGCAGUGGCUCUCUCUGACAACAUACCUGUUGAUGAUGAUAACCAAGAUGACAUGUAUGAUAACUAUGGAAACUAUAUCGGUGAUCAAUCAGCAAGAGAUGAAGAAGUACAUCAAGAAGAGAAAUACAAUAAGGGCUGGAAUGAGCCCCGUGACCUUCCCCCAAGGGGCAGGGGGAGAGGAGCACCGCGUGGUAGGGGCAGAGGCAGGGGGCAACCGGGCUUUCGAGAUCGGUCUCCAGUUAGAGCUGGAGGUGAAUGGCCAGAGAGAGAACGAUUCGAAAGAUUCCCAGAGUAUCCAAGAAAUUUGCCUGUACCAGAGCGCAAUGACUGCGAAAUUAUUGUCGUAUCAAAAAUGUUGACUGAAUACGCUGAAUAUAUAGAGGGUCGUCUAAAAAGACUGGGCAUAGUUGUGGAUCUACUAUUUCCCAUGGAAGAUGUGCCUAUUGGUAAAGUACUCGGAAACAUUGCAUCUCGAGGCUGCCUCUAUGCUAUUCUUGUCAUGCCACAAAACCAAGAGAAUAGAUCGCUAACUUUAACAAUUUUGCAUGGGUUGCCGCAAGAACACCGUAACAUGCCAAUAGAAGACGCGUUACAGUUAUUAUCUAGAAACUUCCAAGAGGUACAACGCGGUGGUCCGUCCGGUCGGGAAGCGGUGUAUGCGCUCUUGGGCCAGCUGGCGGAUGGCAGGACGUUAACCGUGUUACAGUAUGAUAAAGUUAUUGAGUAUUUACAGGAAAAACGAGAACAGCAAGUAAAGAUCGAAUUAGGCGAGCCACUAACAACCGCGGCGCCCGCAAAUAAGACUCAAGUUGAUCUUCAACAAAGGAUUUUAAGCAUACUCAAUGAUAAGAAAGCAGAGGUUGAAAAACCAAAACCCCCUACGCCACAAAAACCUGAGCAAAGCAAAUUACUAAACGACCCAACAGUUAGAAAAGCAUUGGACUCUAUCCUACAGAAAUUUACUUAGAUGUAUUUUUUAUUGAAAUAAUUUAAGUUAUAUUAUAAUAACUUUCUAUUGUAAGAGACUGGAAAAAUAUCCAAUUUUAUUGUAUUUCUUAUAGAAAAUAAACAAUAAAAAUAAGUGUACCAUUA